UGUGGCCCUCCUCUGGACCCUUUCCAAAAUCUCCAUGUCUUUUUUGUACCUGGACAACCGAACAGCCCCCACAGAGCGCGGCGUUGCUCCGGGCCGGCAGCACGACGCCGCUCCGGCCCCAUCUCCCUCAGCGGGCACCGACCGGCCGCAGCCACAGCCUCCUCACAGCCCCGUCACAGCCCCCUCACAGCGCGCUUCAUCCCACUUCAACCCCCUCACACCCUCACAGCGCUCCCGCGCUCUCAGUCGCCAGCCGCGCCCAGCACGCAUGCGCGCACCGCCGCCUUCGCUCCACUAUCGCGAGAACCGUGAGCGCGCCGCGAGACAUCCGGGUAGUGCACUGCGGGACAACAUGGCGGUGGAGUCGCGCGUCACGCAGGAGGAGAUCAAGAAAGAGCCGGAGAAACCGAUCGACCGCGAGAAGACGUGUCCGCUGCUGCUCCGCGUCUUCACCACCAACAACGGGCGGCACCACCGCAUGGACGAGUUCUCCCGCGGCAACGUGCCCUCCAGCGAGCUGCAGAUCUACACAUGGAUGGACGCGACUCUGAAGGAGCUGACCAGUCUGGUGAAGGAGGUGUACCCAGAAGCACGGAAGAAGGGCACACACUUCAAUUUUGCAAUCGUUUUUACAGAUCUCAAGCGACCGGGCUACAGGGUGAAGGAGAUCGGCAGCACCAUGUCGGGCAGGAAGGGCACAGACGAUUCGAUGACGUUGCAGUCCCAGAAAUUCCAGAUAGGAGACUACCUGGAUAUCGCCAUUACACCACCCAACCGCGCCCCGCCGCCUUCCAGCCGCAUGAGGCCAUACUGAGCCACGGCUGCUUUGUACCGUGAUCUUUUCUGCUUAUUCCUCCUUGCUGUUCUAAAGCAGGUUUUUUUUUUUUAUUGUCUUUGUUGCAAAGUAAGGACACCUGAAGACAAAGCUAAACGUCAAGGGUGUAAGUCACAUUUUAAGCCUUUCAGUUUGUUUGUUUAGAAGGAACGCUUAAUCUUUAGCAGUGCCAUCACUCUUUUCCUUGGCUGGUCCAUAGUUUGCUAAGUAGGUCAUUGUGUCUUGUGUGUCAGGUAGAAUGCAACCAGGAGGAUGACAGGUGUUCUGUACUUCUGUCUUGUGUGGAAUAAAGAUGGCUGUUAUUAA